AUGGAGGCUCCGUCUGAACUAUCUCCUCCACCGCUGAACCCACCACUAGCUACCACCUCAGCGCCUCGUGACAAAGAGCCUGAUAUAGUGGACACUGAAAGGCUCAGAAGAUGGCAGGAAGACCGCAUUGCAAGGAAGCUUCGUGGUGAAUAUGAGUCGGCCGUGCUCCACUUGGCUGAGGUGAUUAACGCUAAUCUCUCCACACCGCUCCGAAUUGCUUCAGUCCGGAUAGAAGGAGCAGUCAACACCCGGAAAUCGUUCCUGAGUUCUCUUGUCACUCCAUUUCUAGCAAAACCUGUGCCGUCCAUUACGGAAAACGCACCAACCCUUGAGCAUGUCUUGCACACUACUAGACACAUUGGCAGCCUCUUGCAGGAGACUGACCUGUUCAAGAGCGUCGAGGGCAGGCUAGAGCCCAGUCGCGACGCCUUGGCGCAAUCAGGCGACGUGGACGUCGUGUUCAAGACGCUGGAGAAGGGUCGAUAUUACUUGAAUACCAGCACACAAGUCGGGAAUAACGAAGGUGGUGCUAGUGCAACGUGUCGUGUCCGUAACGCGUUCGGCGGUGCAGAAACAUUCGAGGCGAAUCUAGCUUUUGCAACUAAAACGCGCGUUUCAUUUAACGCGUCCCUUUCGGCUCCAUUGCCAUCUUCUCUUACGACGAGAGGCGAGCUGUCCAUCUAUGGAGCGGAGCGAGACAAUUCGAGUUACUCUAGUAGCUCAGAAGGACUGCGUGGAUUUAAGGCAGUUGUAAGGCAUGGCAAACUGUUGCGUGGCAUGCAUGAAGUUGGCUACGAAGCUGUGUUAAGACACAUCGGAAACUUAACACCCUCGGCAUCUAUUAGUAUGAGGGAAGCUGCAGGGCAGAGCCUCAAGUCUGCAAUAUCUCAUUCAUGGACGCGUGAUACUCGCGACGAUGCAUUACUCGGGACUCGAGGAUCGUAUUUCAAAAUCUCUCAGGAAUACGCUGGCCUGCUUGGUGACGCGUCUUUCUAUAAGGGUGAAAUACAGAGUCAGCUCUCCAGGUCACUUUUCCCUGGAACGAUCGUCUCCUUUGCUGCGCGUUCCGGCAUUCUGCACAGUUUAUGGAAGCCCGCUCUAUUCCCUGAUCGCUUCCAGUUGGGUGGCCCAACGAAUGUGAGGAUGUUCAGAGCUAAUGGGAUGGGGCCUCGCGAUGGGCCGGACUCUCUCGGGGGCGAUUUGUAUUGGGCUGCUGGAGUUAGCCUGAUUUCCGACGUUCCGCACAAACCACAUUGGCCAGUCAAGACACAUUUGUUCGUGAAUGCGGGCAGGCUAGAUGCCAUGGAUACGUCGAAAACGUUCGUGGACAACGUCGUUAGCAGUAUAACAAAGCCAUCAAUAUCUGCCGGUUUAGGUCUGGUGUACAAGCUGGACCCAGUUAGGAUCGAGAUGAAUGUUGGCGUACCAUUGCUUGCGAGUAAGAGCGAUAGCGUUAGGAGAGGGCUACAGGUAGGGAUUGGUGUAGACUUCCUGUAA